AUGCUUAAUUUAAUGGCGAUUCUGAUCCUGUGUCUUCGAAAAUGUGGACUCUCCAAAUGCAUCACCCUUUACCUGGUGGCAAUGGCAACUGCUGAUUUAAUGGGUGUUAUCAUAGGCGUUGUACUAGAGAGGAUCAAUAAUAUUUACGGUUUUGCCAAUGUUUUGCUCAUCACUCCGAUUUGCGCUCUGACACUUGUGUUUCGGCUCGCAGUCAUGGACUAUUCAGUCUGGCUGACGGUGGCUUUCACAUUGGAUAGAUGUAUUGCAAUUUGCACACAAAAGCUGCGGGAACGGUUUUGCACCGAGAGGACGGCGAUUAUAGGGGUGGUGAUUGUGGCCAUAUGGUGUUGUAUAAUAGGUUCUCCAUUUUACUUUGCAGUAGCUCCUUUCGAGGUUAUUGACAACGUUCAAUGGCGCUGUAUUUUCAGAGCAGAUUACUUUACUUCACCGGUGUGGAAAGCUUACCAGCUCUUUCAUGUUAUAAUUACCCCUUUAUUGCCAAUCGGCUUAAUUCUAUUAUUCAAUGCUUUAACAGUCAGUCAUAUUAUCGCGGCAAACAGAGUCCGUCGAGGACUCCGGAGCAGCAAUGACAAUGAGAAGGAUCCAGAGGUGGAGAACCGGCGAAAGUCAAUGAUUUUGCUGUUCGCUCUAUCAGCCAAUUUCAUUUUAUUGUGGAUCCCCUUUAUAGUCUCCAUUAUGAUCUGGCAGGCUCAAAAUUACUUUUAUACAGACAGGUAUCUCAAUUCGCCGUCGUUUAUCGUGCAAGAGUUUGGGUUCAUGUUGCAAUUUCUCUGCACCUGCACCAACACGUGUAUCUACACACUCUCCCAGAGGAAGUUCAGGGAAGAGAUGAAGAAAGGAGUGAAACAUCUGGUCACAUUGAAUGGCCGACUUUGUAGAUAA